AUGGCGUUCGCAGCCGGCUGUGUGCGCGAUGUGUCGUUCACUGGGCUCCGCCACUGCACCCUUAUUCUCCCGUUGCGGGGGGUGCCUAUUCAGAUUCGCCUUCCGGAAGGGGCUCCUCCGCUGCUUGCGGCGACUUUCGUUAAUGCGCUUUUCGGGGAUACAUCAGCCGGGGACUGGAACAAACCGGUGGCUUUCGCAGGAUUGAGCCACCGGGCAGCCUGCCGCAGUUGCCAACGGGGAUACAUCAGCCGGGGACUGGAACAAACCGGUGGCUUUCGCAGGAUUGAGCCACCGGCCAGCCUGCCGCAGUUGCCAAUGGUAAGGCCAACCGCUCAGAAAACUUUGAGGAGGAUGAUACCAGUGCUUCGAAUGGUUUCGCUGAGCGCCGCUCCAACGCCUCCCGUGGCUUCCGUGGUGGACGAGAUGGAAGCUGAGACCAGUAGACGUAAUCUUCGACAGACUCCUGGCGCUGUUUCGUGUCAGCAUCGCAACAUCAUGCUGCAAUCAGAGUGCCGAGCGGAAGUCGCUGCCUGGAGCAGUUUGUCAAAGUUGCAGCAUGAUGAAUUCUGA